UUGAGCAGCCUGUCCGUCAGGUGGCGCCCCGCGGGUGCCGCAGGAGAGCUCGCGCCGGCCCCGCGCCCGCUCUCCAUCUCUCCAUGCUGCGCUGGCUGAUCGGUGGCGGCCGGGAGCCGCAGGGCUUGGCCGAGAAAUCCUCUGUACAGACAAUUGGUGAAGAACAAAUACAGAAUCCUUACACGGAGCUCCUUGUGUUGAAAGGUCAUCAAGAUAUAGUGCGAUUUCUAGUGCAAAUAGAUGAUUGCAGGUUUGCAUCUGCAGGAGACGAUGGAAUCAUAUUUCUGUGGAAUGCUGAGACUGGAGAAAAACUUCAUGAACUUCAUGGGCACACACACAAAAUUACAGCUAUAGCACCAUUUUCUUCAUCAGAUGUUGCUGAAGAAAAAACUAAUUUGAUUAUAACAGCAUCAGCUGAUAGAACAGUUAUUGUUUGGGACUGCACUAGUGGCAGACAGGUUCAAAAAGUGUCAUGUUUCCAUUCUACUGUAAAGUGUUUGACAGUUCUUCAGAGACUCAAUGUAUGGCUGUCUGGAGGGAGUGAUCUAUGUGUUUGGAACCAAAAAUUAGAUCUCUUGUGUAAGACCAGUCAUCUUACUGAUGCAGGCAUCAGUGCUUUGGUUGAAUUGCCCAAAAAUUGUGUUGCAGCAGCAGUUGGCAAAGAGCUAAUAAUUUUUAGGCUGAGUGCUUCUAACAAUGGAUCUGAAGGUUGGAAUAUCCUUGAAGUAAAGCGCCUUGUUGACCAUCAGGAUAACAUUUCAUCAUUAGUCAGUGUUAAUGAUUUGACUUUUGUGACAGGUUCUCAUAUAGGUGAGUUAAUAGUUUGGGAUGCGCUUGACUGGACAAAGCUGGCAUCUGAGUGCAACUUCUGGGACUCCUCUGUCCAUCCAGAUGUACAACCAGAAAUAAAGUUAUCCCAAAGCCCACAUGAAACUUCAGUUCAACACUUAACAUCUGAUGAGGAGUGUGUGUUUGCUGCUGUUGGGAAAGGCAUAUACGUAUAUAAUCUUCAAAUGAAGCGUGUGAUUGCCUGCCAGAGAACUGCUCAUGACUCCUCUGUGCUGCACAUUGAGAAGCUUCCAAACAGGCAGCUGAUCUCCUGUUCAGAAGAUGGCAGUGUGCGCAUUUGGGAACUCAGAGAAAAGCAGCAGCUGCCAGCUGAACCAGUUCCGACAGGGUUUUUCAACAUGUGGGGAUUUGGAAGGACAAACAAGCAGGCAAACCAAGCUGCUAAGAAGAUGCAGGAGAAUACACCUGUGUAUUUCUUGGAGCUGGUUGGUGAUUUGAUUGGUCAUUCAUCAGCUGUGCAGAUGUUCCUGUACUUUGGUGAACUGGGAUUGGCUACAUGCUCUGCUGACCACCUCAUUAUUUUGUGGAAGGAUGGUGAACGAGAAUCUAGCCUCCGCAGUUUAACACUAUUUAAAAAAUUGGCACAGAAUGGUGAUUUGCAGCUCAAACUUUAAAUUGUUUGAAUACAGGCUGUAUAUGUGUAAACUGGAUGUGUUUUAAAUAUGAGUGUAAAGAAUCUGGGAGUCUGACUUCUAGUAGAACUUACACUUAAUGUCAUGUGUUAUAUUGGAACUUCUCUUAGUUGCUACUCUUCUCAAAGGGGGAUUUUGCAUUUUGUUACACUCUGUCAGCAGAAAUGGUGUUCUCUUGAAAGACUGAAGGUAAUAAUGACUCAUUAAAUAGUUUCUAGUAUUAUUCCAAAUGUUUAAAAUUAUCAUGAGUGAAUGUCAAAAUUAAGAAUUGGGAAAUACAGUAGAUGGAUCAUAAUUAAAGCAGUUGAGGGCAUCCACAGUGCUAUGUGCAGGAAGAAGGCAUGGGAAGAAAUCUGCAGCUUCCUGCUCAAAUUUAUUUCUAUAAGCUGAACUUUCCUCACUGACGGCUCAGAUUUGUGUGUAUACAGAAAGCCUGAAAGAAAGCAUUCUUAAAUAGAAAUUUUGCACUUCAAGUUAAUAUCCUGCAUCAAUAGUAAGGAAAAAAAAAAAGGUAGGUAAUGCCAGUUUGUCAGGUUCUAAUUUUUGGCAAACUGAGGUACACAGAAACUGUUUACUAGUAGUAGCUGAAGUUUCACUUGGGUUAGCCUACAUUACUGGACUUUAUACAGCAUUACCAUUACACCAUUACCAAGUUUAGCAUGCAGUGUGAUUAGUUUAGCUUAGUCUUUCCAUAGUGCAUUCAUCAAAUUAAAUUGUAUCUAAUAAAAUGCAUUUGCCUUACCAUGAAUUUUCAGAAUCCUUUCUUAAGCAGUAGGAGUUGAUAUUUCAAUAGUAGUGAAACUGUGUUUUGCCAUAUGAAUACUAAAUUCUCAACUGAAGUCUGACUGCAGAGAAAGCUGCAUCAAGUUUGUAAGGUAAAUAGUAUUUCAGGGUUAAAAAAAUAAGUAGCUCAGUGCACAGAUACUAAGAGUCUGUGCUAACAAUAGCUAAACAGGAGUAGGGAAAGAAAUGCAAACUAAAACAAAGCCCAAACCACAGCAACAAAAACACAAAAGCAAAAAAUCGAAUCAACACACAAGCAAGUAAAUAAUCCCCUCUCCCCCCUCCCCUCUGUUGUUGCCAACAACAACAACAAAAAAAAAACAAACUGAAAAAUGAAACAGUUAAACCCAGAAAUGAUACUAAGACAGCAUGAGGAAGGACAAUAUAAUGAGUGGUACAUUACCAUUUGAACAGAGAAGAGCUAGGGAAAAGGGAAAGUUUGGGAACUUAGUGGUCAUAAAACUAUGUAGAAGAUGGUGCUACUAUCCUCAGGUCUACUCAGGAGAUACAGCACUUAAAUGGUGUGGGAAUAAGUCUUGUGCAACUUUUCAGUGCCAUCUCUUCCCUUUGAAUCACUGAGAAUUGUUUUCAGUACAGGAAACUAUGUGGCUCUAAUUCCAGACCUCAGAUACAGUGGCUCAUGUAGGAAAGGCAUUUGGAUUACAGCUGAGGAUAACAUUCCUUUGGGUAUAUGGUAUUAAACUUGAGAGAGGAAAGCAUGUUAAGUUUACAUUGCUUCAGCUUGUCUUCUUCAGCAGAUUAUGCAUUUUUGGCUUACCCAGGAGAAGCUGGGGAGAUAAAAUGUCUCUUUGGAUUUUUUUUGUUGUUUUAAUUGCAGAAUAACUAUUUGGUUGUCUAUAGUGCUUGUGUGUACACACUGUUAUGACACCUUUACAGUGAAAGCUUAUGAAACAGAUUUUUUGGAGAGUCCCUGUUACCAUCAAUUAUAACUACAGAGAAGGAAGGUCAUAUUUUUAUAAUGUCUUCUUCUAGCAUGAGAACAGCUAUUUCCUUUUUAUUUGACUGCUGUUAAGUGAAUACCUGGUAGAGAAACAGACCUUUUCAACUGUACAGUUCUAGUCACAAAAUUCACUGUGCAUUUUACAGGGAUGUAACUCAGCUUUAAAUAGUCCUACAUGCAGGUGUAAAUAUUUGUAUUUAUCAAAAGUGCCAUUGUUCUCAGAUACACUCCAUUGGCAGGAGAUCUCCCAAGGGUCUCUUCUUUUAAAGAUGGUUGACUUUGUUUUACAAAUGAACUUUGAGUGUAACAAGAGAAUAAAUGAGUUUCUCACUUGCUGUUGGGAGAUGCAGUGAGCAGAAUUAUGCUGACCUGAUGAGAAUUUUACAUCUAACUGAUGUCCUAAAUAUUUUUCCACCUUGCAGUAACACUGAAUUCCAUACGUUCACGUCAUGGAAGCAAAUAUCUUUGUCUGACCUACUCUUAAUACUUCUACAACUGUGAGGUGGCUGUUUUUACAUCUGUGCACUGACAACAGCAUGAAACAAGCAGCUGUUAGUAAACUGGACUAGUCUAGGAGAUCUGACACAACUGGCAGAUUAUGAUUAAUCUGUGCUGAUUUGUUUUGCUAUUAAAGAGGACCUAUAUCCACCCAAUUUUUUUCUUUUAUUUAUUUAUUUCAAAUUUUUUUCCUUUAUCUGACUGUGGGAAGAAACACAAGAUCCUGCAACAUAUAUAUUGAUUCUGUAUUAAUGCCUUCGCCUCAGUUCUGGUUCACAAGUAGAACUUUAUUUUUUUUGAUGCCUUCCGCUGUUGACAUUUUGUUCUGUGUGACAGAAGUGUGACAAAAAUUAUGAAUUAAAUGUUUUACAUGGAUAUGGUCUUACAAUGUUGCUACAUUUAACAGAUUAAAUUAACAAAGCUUAAA